AUGGAUGGCCAUUUUAACAAUUCUAAUGGUAAUUUGAACUCCCAAUUCAGUGGUGACUCUCAAAACGGUGGUCCAAUUGAUUAUCAUAGUGUUGCUGCAACUGGUCAACUCGCUGGUCAUCCUGGUUUACCUUCAGGUGUUGACGUUGCACCAAGUAGAACAGUUUAUCUUGGUAAUGUUCCUGCAGAUAUCACCCCAAAGGAAUUAUUAGACCACGUCAGAAGUGGUAUAAUUGAAAAUGUUCGCUUAUUAAGUGAUAAAAUGUGUGCAUUCAUUUCAUUCUUAGAUAAAUCAAGUGCUUUAUUAUUCCAUUCAGAUGCAAUUUUGAAAAGAUUAACUAUAAGAGAUAAUGACAUCAAGAUUGGUUGGGGUAGAAAUGCUCCAUUAAGUUCUGUUGUAUUAAAUGCUAUUCAAAGAGAUGGUGCAACAAGAAACGUUUAUAUUGGUAAUUUACCAAAAGAUAUUUCUCAAGAUCAAUUGAUUCAAGAUCUAGAAGAAUAUGGUACAAUUGACACCAUCAAGAUUUUAAAUGAUAAAGGUGUCGCUUUCAUUCAUUUCUGUUCAAUCUUGAGUGCGAUUAAAGUUGUAACCAACUUGGCUUUGAAAAAUGAAUUUUAUGCUGAUAAAAAAAUCUUUUAUGGUAAAGAUAGAUGUGCAUUCAUUACCAAAACUCAACAACAUAACGCUGCUCAAUAUUUAGGUUUAGCUCCUGGUAUGGAGCAUUUAGUUACAAAUGCUGAUAGGGAAUUCAUUUCUUCAACUUUAUUACAACAAUCUGCAGCUGCAGCUGCCAUUGCAACAACUGCUGGUGGUGCUAAUAAUUUGGGUAAUAGAACCGUUUAUUUAGGUAAUUUACCAAAAGAUAUCAAAGUUGAAGAAAUUUGUAAUGUUGUUAGAGGUGGAUUAUUACAAAAUGUUAAAUAUUUACAUGAUCGUCAUGUUUGUUUCAUUACUUUUAUUGAUCCAAUAGCUGCUGCUCAAUUCUUUGCAAUGUCUCAAUUACAUGGAUUAACUAUACAUAACAAGAGAAUAAAAAUUGGAUGGGGUAAACAUUCAGGUCCAUUAUCAAAUGCAUUGACUUUAGCUGUUAGCUCUGGUGCUUCAAGAAAUAUUUAUAUUGGUAAUAUUGAUGUGGAAAAUCCAAAAUUUUCAAAAGAAGAAUUAAGAGAAAAAUUUCAAGAAUUUGGUGAAAUUGAACAAAUUAAUUAUCUAUUGGAGAAAAAUUGUGUCUUUAUAAAUUUUACAAAUAUUUCAAAUGCUAUUUUAGCUAUUGAUAAAAUUAAAAUUGAUCCAGAUUUUAAAGACUUGAAAAUAAAUUUUGGUAAAGAUAGAUGUGGUAAUAUUCCUCGUCAAUUUGUCAACACCAAAUGA